AUGAUGCAGACAGCGACGCGCUCAUGGGAGGAACUGCGCAGCAGCGCGCGGGCGGCAGAGCGCACACUGGAGGACAAGAUCGCAGCCUACACGUCUAUUAGUAGAGCACAGACGCGUAGCUCUGCUGCGGUGUAUGACGAAGAGAACCCACCAGAGGAAGCUGCAGAUGAGAUAGAACUCGCAGUGGAUAUCGAGAAUGCUCUGGCGUCGCUAUCAGAUGCAAUCGACGAGAUGAAUGUGGUUGUGAACAAGACGUCGGUAAAAACGCAGGACGCCAUGUUGCAGCGCUACCGAGAGCUCUACUUCGACUUUAACACAGAGUUCCGUCGCUCAAUGAGUGCCUUACAGGAGAAGCGUGAUGCACAGAAGCUUUUUGGCAACAGAGCACACAAUGGCCAUUCGGAAGACGCUGAAAUGGACUCGCUGCUAAACGAGCGCCGCGCUGUGGACUCGUCACGCUCCAUGACCAGCAGCAUUAUUGAGCAGGCAAUGGCGACCAAGAACGCGCUGGAAAACCAGCGUCGGCAGUUUACGUCGUCCCACGGCAAGGUUGCGACGCUUGGCAGCUCGUUCACCGGCAUCAACACGCUCGUGGAGCAGAUUCGCCGCAAGAAGAUGCGCAACAACACGAUUCUUGCUCUGGUGAUCGCCGGUUGCAUCUGCUUCACGCUGUGGUGGGCCGUGCUGUCUAAAAUCUAAUGCUAUUGUCGAGUAGGAGGAGCAGGCCACCUCACACGUCACAUUUUGCACCAGAAAUUGAAGUGCAGUUAUUGUCAAAUUAAAAACCUGGAAAAUGCGAGAUUA